CGCUCCCCGCUCCCCUGUUUGCUCCCCGCCGACGCGGGGAUGGAGCGCGGGGUGCGCCCGACCCCCCACAGCCCUUAGCGCGGCGGCGGCGGGAGGAGCGGUAAAAGCUCUGCAAGUCUGCAAUAAAAAUGGCCUCCAAUAAAACUACAUUGCACAAAAUGGGAAAGAAACAAAAUGGCAAAGGUAAAAAAGUUGAAGAGGCAGAGCCUGAAGAAUUUGUUGUGGAGAAAGUCCUGGACAGACGUGUUGUGAAUGGAAAGGUGGAAUACUACUUGAAGUGGAAAGGAUUUACAGAUGCUGACAACACGUGGGAGCCUGAAGAAAACUUAGAUUGUCCAGAGCUAAUUGAAGCUUUUCUGAACUCUCAGAAAGCUGGUAAAGAAAAAACAGAUGGUGCGAAAAGAAAAUCACUGUCAGAUAGCGAAUCUGAUGAUAGUAAAUCAAAGAAAAAGCGUGAUUCUGUUGAUAAACCGAGAGGGUUUGCAAGGGGUCUUGAUCCUGAGAGGAUAAUUGGGGCUACGGAUAGCAGCGGAGAGCUUAUGUUCCUCAUGAAAUGGAAAGACUCAGAUGAGGCAGAUCUGGUGCUGGCCAAAGAAGCAAACGUGAAGUGUCCUCAGAUCGUAAUCGCUUUUUAUGAAGAACGACUAACUUGGCAUUCAUGCCCAGAAGAUGAAGCACAAUAAUUGUUGGCAUCACUUUUUUUUAUAUAUAUAUGAAUAUUAAAACCUGAAAUUUGAUUUAUUAGCAAUGUGAGAAGCAUACAUUCUAAAAAAUUCAAAUUUGAUAUUUUUUUGAAGUAGUGUGUUUUGCAUCAACAGCAAGUAAAUAAAAGCUUUCUGCAACUCAUUUCAUUUAUCACAGGAGAGCAUUUGAUACUACUACUUCCUCCAUAUUAGGUAAAAGCUUUUAUAAAACAUUCAUAAACUUCCAUGGUUAUUAUUGAAUCUUAAUGAAUGUCUAAACAAGCUCACAGAUGUUUUGUAGUCUUCUAUACAGUUGAUGUGCAUGUAUCUUCUUUACCCAAACCUAGCCCUUUACACCUGUAGACUCAUUCUUUUUAGUAUUUGGGGUCACACGAUCCCAAGAAGACCAGGUGAAAAUUAACUUUGUAGUAAUUUGAAUGUUAUCAGACUGUAUAUUGUUUACUUUAUUGUAAAUACUGGUGAACAGUGGUCAAUAAAAUAGUUUUAUAUUCUUCCUUUAUAAUGAUAGGCUGUGACUCUUUUGAAGCGGUAUGAUAUUUCUGAACUUUUUAUAUGUUAACCUCUCAGUUCAUGAUGUAUUUAACUGUAAGUUGUUCUUUUGGGGAUAGAUUGAUUGAUAUUACCCCACUGCUACUCUGUAAUCACAAUGCCAGACAAAUGUCAGGCUUUGAUUCUCUCUAAUUUUUUUGGUGAAGUGUAAUAUUAUUUAUUUUCAGUCAGAAAGGAACUGGCUUUUUUGGACUGUGAAAUUCAUGUGCUGUGGGUACUUGUAAGCCACACGGAUGGCAGCCGUGCUCCCUGGGUAUGGCUGCUGCUCACAGGGCCAAGCGGCCUCUGCAGAUGUAUUGGAAAAUACCUGGUGUGUUGACAACGUCAGCCUUUGCUUUGAUUUCAGAUCUUAAUAUGGGGCUGUGCUGUAACAAGUGGUGGGAUGGUUCAGGUAGAGUUACUCUUCAGGCUGUGGCCUGAAAAAUAUUUCCACAGUUCUGUGUCUUUAAAGUGUAAUAUUUUAAUCCAGAUUCUAAGCUGUAUACUUUUAAAUCGAGAGGCUUUGUUUCUCGUUAAAUUCUAAAAUGGGUCGUAUCAUCUGCUGCUGGGAGAAUGCCCUCAGGUCGGCAAAAGUGAGGGAUGGAGAAAUUGGAAGAAAAGAAUUUUGCCUUUUUCCGUUCUUCUUCCAUUUAUUCCUCUCUUCACUUGCUUUUGUCUACAUGCGUUCUUUUAUUUGGGUUGUGACUCACGGGGCCGUUUGGCCUUAAGCUUUGCCUCUUCAUAGGUCAGUGGCCAACCUUGUUUUAGAACUCCUAUUACGAAGUUUUGACUAGAAUAAUCACAUCACGUGCUGCUGUCACAGUCCUACAUGAGAUGAUAAGAUUCCUUAACAACGGCUAUUCCUGGAAACCUUCAUAGGUAUCCUGAGGGGAAAAAAAAAAAAAGGACCUUUUAAUCUACUCUUGAUUUUCUUUUUGACAGAGAUUCACAAAUCGUGAUUAAAACCAUUUGUUUUCAUGUAGACUCAGACUCUGUUUCUAUCACGAAUGGAAUCAUUGUAGAACAUUUAAUUGUAAGUAAACAAUGGGAUGGUUAAAGUGAAGCUAACUUACCUUUUUAGGUGUAACUGCUUUAUCUUAAUAUUUUUUCUAUACAGAUUUGGGUGCAGUUCAGUCUCUGUGGCUGUAGGGGAAAAAAACAAAAGAUGUUGUGUGGGGUUCCCUUGCUCAGGUUAAUGAUGGUUUGAGAGCUCAGCUUGCUUCUCUUGCCUGCUCCUUUGAGAAACGUCUCUGAAUUUGUUGUAUAUGCAAGUCUGCAGAGUUCAUGGCUUAAUUCUUUGGGCUUCUAAUAGGAAUAUUAAUACACUUGUGUAGGAUUUCCAAAUAUUGCUUUUUUACCCAGUUGCCUGAGAAGUACACAGGCUAAACGAGAAUUCUAAAGCAGCAUGCGUCUUCCUGCCUUUUUCUUCAGUAUGAAAUACUUUUAAAUUCAGUCCUAAAAUAUUUCACAGUUUGUGUUAUACUGAGACUUUGCAGUUUCUUUGUUUCAAGAGUGGCUAUUGAGUUUAUAUAACAUUGCUGAUUUUAGUCAAUAUAGAUGGAAGAGUCAGUUAUGGGUUAUCGUAAGUGGUAGGUGUGUAACGAUUUCUGUUGAAAGGUCGUUUCAGUUUGUAACCUUUAAAAUGUUAUUUUGCAGCUAGAUACAGCUUUUAGGUAUAUUUGAUUCUUCCUUCUGACAAUCUGUAAAAAUGCACUGUACUCACAUUUAAACUACCAUACAGCUUGUUACAGUUAUGUAGAUUUCUAAUUUUUUACAUUAUGAUGGUAGAAAUGCUGACUGGUAUUUGUUUCCUCUUCUCUCCCUUCCCCCCCUUGAUUUGUGUCAAACUGCAUUUUGACAGUGACGAAAUGCAACACUUUGAAGUUACAAGUUCUGUAAAGUUAUGCUGAAUGUGCUUGGUACAUAUGCAAAAAACCGUUAUCAAAUGUUAGUAACUUUAACUGACUAAAUAAAUGAAUUAUCUUCUGUAGUUAGUGAGUUAUGCAGA